GUCACCCUGUCUGGUACUGGACUGCGUUCACACCAAACGAACAUCCAGAGAAAGGACUCUAACUUUAACCGGACCAAAUGAAUAUUCUGUUGUUAUUAUAUUGCUAAAACACCAAUCAUAUUUGCAGGAAGAGCUCUAUAAUGAUUCAGGAAAUAUUGCACCAAGUGCUCAUUGCCAGGGUCUUUGUACUAUUGUGCAUUAUGAUGAGCCAUUCCCGAGGCAGGGGGCGGGAGAGAAAGACCAACAGCAGAGUCUUGGAAAGUCUGCUCUUGUCCUCACACACCAGCGCCACCUCCUUCUCUGCUGCCUCCUCAGGACGCUCCUGAAGUGAGCCGCACUGCUGGUAAACCUCCUGGGAUGAACCAGGACCCAAAAGGACCGGGGGAAAAUACUGGAUAACUAUUAAGCCACUUUCAGUUUUGAUAUAUUUAGAAUUAUUACUUGGAUUUGAAAUUGCUUGAUCACGUUGGAUUGUGUUUGGGGCUUUAUUGGACGUGGUGGUGCGCACGAGUGUGACGCACAGCGCAGAUUGAAGCUGGUCUCAUCGCAUAUUAGUGGAUUUAUUUAAAAUAAAAAAGACAAAAAAAAUAGUGGCUACUGACUGACCACCACUUCUCCGGCAUCUUCAUCGUGCGAAGACCGGACCGCUUGAGGCGCGCUCGGCACACCGCAGGGAGAGCCGCCGUCCCCCACCCCCUGAGCGCACACCGCCGAGGACCGCGGGCCUCCGGAGCCUCCAUAAAUGCCCGGCCCGUCGCAGAGGCUCCAGGCUGGGCAGCAAGAUGAGCUCCACCGUGCAGCUGCUGCUCGCAUUACUGGCGACGUGUGUGCGAUUUGGCGUGGCCGAGGGGGAUCCGCUUCCUGCAGCCCUGGUGGAGCUGGUUAGAAACAGUCCCAUCUCCUCCAUUGAGGACCUUCAGCUGCUUCUACUCACUGAUUCCGUAGAUGAGGAGGAGGGAAACUCGGCAGCAAAUGGGGGUCACAGACUACCAAGAAGCCUCGUUGCCCAGCCGGCGCAGCAAGCUGUGUGUAAAGUUCGCACCGAGGUGGUGGAGGUCACCAGGGCCAUGUUAGACCGGAGCAAUGCUAACUUCCUGUUAUGGCCGCCAUGUGUUGAGGUGCAGCGCUGCUCCGGCUGCUGCAACACCAAAAGCCUGCAGUGCGUCCCUGUUGUCACACACACCAGAUACCUGCAGGUGAUGAAGAUCGAGUACAUGAAUAAAAGACCUAUCUACGCCAAAGCGGUGGUGUCGGUUGUCGACCACGUCGAGUGUCGAUGUCAGCCUGCUCCACGACCGCCGGUGCUGAAGAGAAAGUCGUCUCGCCGACAUCACGGCCACAAGGACCAGCAUCGAAACCAGACUGUAAGCCAAGGACGUGGGCAGGUCAAGGUGCACUCCAAGGAUGAGCUGCAUCAGUGGGAUGAGCUGAAACGGAACCAGGGUUCUCUACUGGUGGACCUCUUGGAACAACACUGGAGCCCCAGAGGAGACACCUUCACUCAGCCUGGAGAAGGUUACAGCAUCGCAGGAGGGGAAUCAUCACUGCCCGAAGAGGUUCUCUUUGGCCCGCAUUGGACGCAUAACUCCACGGGGUUCAUUGAGAGUAAGACCCAAGAUAGGGGGACGAAUGAAAGCGACAAGACUCUAUCUCCAGUGGAUCAUGUUGGCUUGAAUCAAACAUUGGACGGUGGUAACGGACUGGGGCUCAGCAGCAAUGAGGGAACCAAGGGUCAAGGUACUCAAACACACAAUGAAGAAAAACACCCACACUCCAACCAUGUGACUCAGAAACCUCAAGUUUCCAAGUGGAGUCCUGUCGGGGAAACCAUCGCGAGGUUCGGGAGCAGGUCGAGACCCACCAAAGAACCCAACCCAGAGCCUCGGGAAGCGACCGUGCGCAGAGACAACAAGACACCGGAGGAGGUGAAAAUAUUGCAGAUUGCGGAGAAAACGUUAAAGGAGGAGAGAAAAGAGCUGCUCCUCCUGCACAAGAGGUUGGACCAAGAGAAGGAGGUGCUGAAACAACAGCAAAAGAAGCGAGAGGAGGAGGAUGGACGCCUCCGGAGUAGACAUCGGCAUCUGCCAACGAGCUCACCUCGGCCAGAGACAACACCGGGGGCCGUCAAACAGCAUUCGCCAGCACCAGCAGGGCCCAGACUUCCAGCGCAUGCCAAGAAAAGGAUGAGAAAGAAUCGCAAACGGAUAAGCAAGGCCGCUAUGAGAGCGAUGCUAAUGUAAUCCAGGUUUCAAUAAAAGCAUUCGUCCUCUGAGAAGCCAUAACUACGCCAGGAUGAAGUGAGAAGAAAGGAGGAGAUGGAAUAUCAACAAAAAGGACGACACUUUUUUUUUUAGCAAAAGUUGCAAGCAGGCGCCCAAAGCCUUGGAAAGAAUGUUUGCCGAACUUCCUGCCUGCGUGCAGAACUGGAGAAAGCAGUGCAACUUCUCUACACGGACCCUUGUCGUGACAUCAGGAGGGACAAACUGCACUUAUACAGCAUCAAUAAAGACUUGUAAAUACGGCCAAAUGCAGUUUUGUAGCCCCCUGUAGCGAUGGUAUGAGAGAAGGGCCGUAAACAAGAUCUCAUUUAUUUACCACUGAUGACUUAUUUGCCAUAUUUCAUUCCGUCUGACACUUUGCAAACACUGGAAUUCAACCGACAAGUCAGAGCAAAGGUGAGGAGGUGACCAUGUUAGGCCCCAUUUCUUAUUUAUUGACCCCCACUACUACUAAGCGUUCUUCCCCGAUACUGAAACCAAUGUAACAACGUCAUGCAACUGUUUAGUUGAUUUUCUUCAGUGUCAUGUCGUGUUGGUUUUGCAUGUCAAGUGUGUGUUUACGCCCAUCCUCGUAUUUCAGACUGACGUCUUUUUGGUUGAACCAAUCGCAUUCCUAAUAUAAUAUCAAAAAAAAGUUUCAUGUUUUAAGUGUUGUUGAUUUGUUAGGAAAUGAGUCAGGUUCACGUCCCCAUGAGUGAUGGCAGGAACAAACACUGUUGUUUGUUUUCUCUGCUUGAACUACCAGCAACUUAAGUUAUUGAAAAACAUGUAUGUCCUUUUUCUGUCAACUUACACCUGAUUCUGUCUGUUUUUAUGAUGACUUUUGAGGGGGAAAAAACUAAUGAUAUUUUCUUAAGGUAAAAGAAAAACAAAAAAAAGGCUUACGUGCUGAACAUAGUGUUGUUUGUCCUUUUUCACGACAUCAUGAAUAAUAAUAGUCCACAUUGCCAACAUUUACAUGCCCUUAAAGAUUUAUUUCAAUCUUUUGUUUCCAGAGUGGAAUAAUAAUAAUAAUACAAUGCAUGCGCAUUCCUUUUCCGGUUGCCACCGGAAGUGUCGUCUUCAUCGUAUGCACCAAUCAUGAUGAAGAUGCGACCUUGGAGAACUGAGUUAUUCAUGUUUACUGUUUAGUGGCGAAUUGUCUGAUUGCUGCCAAGCCCCGCCCACAUCUUAUGAAUGGCUCCAUUGGUCAAAGUGCCUAGGACUAGUUAGUUGAAAUACAACCGCUGGUUUUCGGCCAAAAUGGCCCCCGGAAACAAAAAUGGCUGACUUCCGGUUCGUUUUGGAACACGGGUCCUUGAGACUUGUUUUGUCCUGUGCAUCCCGUCAUGACUGACGUCGCCACCACAUUCUGGGAAACCAGGUGGCAGGGGCCAAUUCUUUGGAAGUUCGAAGGGGGCGCUGCUGAGUGAGUUUUGGGGACGCCGAAAUAUCACAUUUUUCAGCAACACUGACCCGUUUGCACAUUUUGGUGAGUGUCAGAGUUAAGUUUUCGCUUGGCGUGGUUUGCGGCCGCAGCAGUGGGCCGUGUUAGGGAUUAUACGGAGCACAGAAAAGCGGUUUAUAAAAACGUUUUUUUAACGUUAUUAGAGCCCUCUGGACAUGAAAUAACACCCCUAUAGUUACUUAUUACCUGAUAUAGUAGACUUCAUAAGAGAAAAUAAGACAUAAAUAGAGCACAUGUUAGCAUUGGGAGAGUUCCUUGCUGUUUUUUCUGUCCAGUACUUUCUAUGGUGUAUACAUUACUGACACCUAGUGGCCAGUGUAGAAUACUACAUAUCACAAAGUCUCAGACGCGUCCGCUAAAUGCCUUGUGUUUGUAUUUUAGUUGAUUUAGCCAUUUUUAUGCUUGAA